AUGGCUGACACGAGACCUGAGGUGGCCGACGCUGGCGACAACGCUCCCGUGGCUGUACCGGACGAAUCCGCUGUUGACGACCCGUCGUCGGUGAAGAAGGAGAAUGCUGAAGACACGCCUUCUGCUCGCACAUCCAGCACCACCUCGGGCGCAUCAGCACUGCAGCGGUUGACGGACACUGCUUUGGACUUCUUGUCCCACGCAUCGAACGAGACCCUGGCUGCCUGUCUCGUUGGCCUGGGAGCCACCACGUAUCUUGUGCUCGGGAGGGUCGGACUGGUCAUCAUCGGCGUCGCAGGAGGAGUAGUGCUAAAGACGACAUGGGAAGGUAUACGAUAUGGCCACCGAGACGAAGCAACGAAGAAAGCAGAGCAGGACAGGAGGCGUGAGGCCGGUGUGGAAGUGGCUAGGAGGGUGCUGGAGUGGAGGCGGAGUGGGCAGGACGAUGUCAAGGCUGCGGAUGCUAGAGUCUAUGCGAACCAGGCGCUGGACUACUCUGCGUUCCAGCCGGAGACUGCUGCUGCGUUGAACACAUUCACCGAUGCUGUCAUCAAGGACUAUGUUCAUUACUGGUACGACCCUACGCUUCCGGGUGAGCAGAGCUUCCCAGAUGCCUGUAGACAGACGUUCACGGCCUUCAUGCUGUCGCUGUCUGGCCAUCUAGGGAGGAAGAGACCUGCCGACGCUUUCCUUGACUUCGUGACCAACGCUACUUCGAUCAUCAUUGUGUUCCUCCAGGAACUUUCCGUCGCCCUCAAUGCUUCACCCAAUACACCGCCCCAGGAAGCGAUCAGAGCAUAUAUCAAACUGAAGCCAGACUGCAGCUUAGCCUAUAUGCUUGAUCAGGAAUCGCAGAAGUUGAAGCUGGCAGACGCCUCGGAGGAUAUUUUGCAGUCAUACCUGGACCCCAAGUCGUACAACUGUCCGCCAGUCCACGUCUUCCUCAAGCAAGUGCUCGCACAGCUGGUCCUUGGCUAUACUGUGGAGAUGUGCUCGAAGCCGGAAUGGAUCAACGAUUGGAUAGUGUAUGGCCUUGAAGAGUCGGAGACCACGAAAGAGGUUAUGGAUAUUGUUGAUGCUGGAGUGGAAGGUAGAGCACAGCCCGACACUCCGAAGAUUGACGAGCAGAUAUCUAAAGGUGUGGCUGAGGUGAAGAGCAAAAAAGAAGGAGCAGCGCGCAGCAGCACGGACACUGCAUCUCAGAAAGCACACAGACGUAAGAUGAGCAAAGCUGAAGAGGCGAUGGACGAGGCGAUGCAGGAAGCACGGAGGCUUACCGAGAUGAUGAUUGAGGAAGACAGGCGCAAAGCGGACAAUGAUCAGCAAAGACAGGCUACACCUACAAUUGCAGAGGACAGCUCAGAUGGUGCGACACAAGGUGCACCUACGCCUUCGUCCAGCCAGAGCGGUCAGGACCGAGCAGAAUUCGAGUCUAUGACUUCUGGUGACGACUCGUCUAUUAUCAACGGGAAGCCAAGUACACCAGACACUCAGUUCACCAGCUUCGACAUGCUGGUGCCAAAUGCGGUGCCAACAGCACUUGCCGGCGAAAGUCCUGUGCAUUCUCCUGCUCGCCCCUCGCCCGCGGUGCUGACACUCCACAAUGCCACCAUCGCUAUCUUCGAUGAUGGUGAUCCGGGCAAAGGCUCGAUCAAGUCGAGGCCGGAUUGGGAUUACCUGCUGCAGAUCGAGCCCGCCUCGUCCGCUUUCCCUGGCUGGAUGAUGGCACGAAAGUAUCAGGACUUUGAAAUGUUGCAUGAAGUGCUCAGGCGCAUUUCCGUUAUCACCGGAGUGCAGUUUACCUGGGCAGAGCUGCCGAAAUGGAAGGUGCACACGAAGGCGUCGCUGCGAACGGAGCUUGAGCGGUAUAUCACUGACGCUGUACGCUAUCAGCCUUUAGCUGAAUGUGAAGGCAUGAAACGAUUUCUGGAGAAGGAUCGAGGACUUAACAAGUCUCCUGGAGCAUCGAAAGGAUUCGGCUGGCCGACUCCCGAUGCGUUUGGCAAGAUUGGAGGCGAUAUGAUGAAUGUGCUUACCAAAGCACCUAAGCAAGUUGCAGGAGGUGGUAAUGCUGUGUUCAAAGGCGUCGCUGGCGGCGGUAAAGCCGUCUUUGGCGGAGUCGCAGGUCUGGUUGGAGGCAAGAAGGCUGGUACAUCGCAGGUCAACCUGACCAGGUCAACGACAAACGCAAGCUUGUCUGGUACCACAGAUGAGAGCCACAAACCUCGACCGAGUAUCAGCACAAGGCAGUCUUUCCAGACUGAUGGCUAUGCUAGCUCGACGGAAGCCGGACGACAGAGUCAGGACUCGUUUCGUGUGGUGCCACAAGCAGUGCAAGAGACGCGGCGAGGCAGUGCUGCGACGUCUGCUAGUGUCGAGUCCAGACCGAGACCAAGCACGACUGUUAGCAGACCAGAGAGCAUCGUCAGCCAUCCUGAGCUCGGCCACACUGCAGAAAUACUCCCUUCGCCAACAACAUCCACUGAACAACUCCCCGCAAAUGCAUCGAUAUACGAGAGCAUCAACUUGCCGCCACCGCCAUCAGAAAUGCCAGCCGACUAUGAUGCACCAUCUUCGCCCAGCAGAAAGAGCACCGACACGUUCCGCUCUCAGAGGUCCACCAAUCUUGACCAGCGCUUAGCACAGUCGAACGGGGCUGAUGACUUUGCACCUGCCACACCACCGCGGCCAGCGAAGCAGGAGCCAAAGAAGAAGGAACCUCUGAGCGAGCGAGAGACCUCAGUCGCUGUGGAGCUGAUGUUCGCAGUCAUCAGUGAACUCUAUCAACUAUCUGGCGCAUGGCAGAUUCGAAGGACCUUGCUGACAGCCGCCAAGACCUUCUUGCUACGACCAGGCAAUCCGCAGCUGGGGUCUAUCCGAGACCUACUGCAGACGUCCAUGCUCGAUGCCAACCUCAAUGACUCUGGACUAGCACACCAGAUAUACAAGCUUCGGGAGAACACCUUGCCAACCGCUGAAGAGAUGGAGAUAUGGAAGCGCGAUUACCCAGAGAAGACCGACGAGCAAAAGGAGGAACUACGUACCAAGGCGAGAAAGCUUCUCGUGACGAAGGGUAUGCCACAAGCUCUGACCAGUGUCAUGGGCGCUGCAGCAAGUGGUGAGGCCUUGGGCAAGGUCUUCGAUUGUCUUCAAGUCCCGGAAGUGAGCCGCGGACUCAUCUUCGGCCUCAUGCUCCAAGCGCUUCGGGUCGUAACGCACUGA